AGAGAGAGAGAGAGAUCACUUUGGGAGAAGCAGAGUUUCUGUUUGCCUCUGAUACUUGUUUGUGUUCCUAUGUAUACGUAAUUACCGGUGAUAAGCGCUGUCUCGUGGACGUACAGUCUCUGCGGAGUAAUAGCUCCUUAUAGCCUAUGGACGGACUCAUUGAGCGCUCAGCUCUGUCCACGGAGAGGAGAGAGGGGACGGGAAGCGGCUGCUAGAAUAGUGGAAGACGAGAUCAGGAAAGCACAGGAGCGGAGGCAGCCGAGGGGUUCCACUACACAUACUGGAAUGGAAUGAACCAAUGGGUAACCAACAGUUGUGUGCUUUUUCUUCAAAAACUGUUUGUUUUCAUUUUAUUUGGGCACUUAUGGAUAACUUUCUUCCAACCACUUUUGUCGGAGUUUUCAAACAGAGCAGUGAAGCUACUUCAGAACGGGAUCUGUACAGCAGUCUGCUCUGCUCUUUACACACUACCUAUCUUGGAAUGUUGAUAUUUUAUGUCUAGUGCAGUCUUUGGAAGUAUGAAAUACGUAGGGAUGAAGCUGGUGUAAUUUUAUCCUUUCAGUCACAGCCAUCACUAAAAUGGCCAGUUUUGAGGCUUUGGCUCACAGCUCCCGCAUGUUGGUGUGGCCUGUCGGUUGUCUGUUUUUGUUUUUGGGCUGCUUAUCGGUGGCAUCCUCCUCCCACAGCCGCAGGUUAAUCUGCUGGCAGGCCAUCAUGAACUGUCAGACAGAGCCUGAGUGCCAUUACGCAUAUGGACAGUACAUGCAGGCGUGCGCUGCUGUUCUGAGAGGGGACAGGAAGAGGUGUCCCAGUCACUGCAUCUCCUCUCUGGUGCAGCUCAACCUGACGAAGAACGGGCCUGCGCUUGAGGACUGCAGCUGUGCAUCGGACCCCAUCUGCCGGAACACCAAGCGGGCCAUCGAGCCGUGCCUCCCCAGGACUAGCAACAUGGGCUGCACCGAGGCCCGGAUGCAGUGUGAAAGAGACCAGCCGUGCAGCUCUGCCAUGCGAGACUAUUUAAUCUACUGCGGGAAGCUUUUCAGCGGGGCAACUUGCACGAAUGCUUGUCGGAAUGUGAUUGCAGACAUGCGCAAAAUACCCAAAGCGGAGCUGUUGGAUUCGUGCGUGUGCGACGGGAUCGAGAGGACCAUCUGCGAGUAUGUCAAGAUUAGCAUGAAGAACCUGUGCUUCGAAGCUCCUGUGACGGUGGAGGACGGCAGCGGGUCAGAGGACUACGAGGAAGAUGAUGGGGACUUCCCGGUGUCAGAACCAGAGUUCGUGGGGAGGAGCGCCGGUUCAGGUGGCUCUGCUGUGGGAACCUGUGGUGUUGUGACAACGGUGACUGUAUCUGUCCUGAUUCUACUAGUGCCUCUUCUUUAAACUCUCCUCAUAGUAAAACAUAUAUAUAUAUAUAUUUCAGACUGUUGGACAGAUAAACACAUUGAUGGCCUUACAAACUCAGACAGUUGUUCAGACAAAGUUGAAACUCUUGCCUUUCCAAACAGACGCCAGUCAGUCUGGCCCAAUGCUAUUGAAGGAAGAAGCUACUACUCCGAAGAACAGCAAAUGUAAUAUUUGUUACAUAACCAAACGUGCUUUUUUAAAGUAUGACCUUUUUUCUGUACUGAAAGAUAUCGAAUCCAGUUAGUAUUUUCUAUGCAAAAAAUUAUAUUCAAUAACAUUAUGGAACCUUGUUGUAUCACUGGCCUGAAGAAAAAUGUCCUUUAUUUUAAAAAACAAUCAGAAAUGGAGACAUGGACAUCAGGCCUGCUGUAGACCAUGUAUAUACUACAUGGACAUCAGGCCUGCUGUAGUCCAUGUAUAUACUACAUGUCACAUCAGGCCUGCUGUAGACCAUGUAUAUACUACAUGUCACAUCAGGCCUGCUGUAGACCAUGUAUAU